UUAUCAAUCAAUAUAUCCCAUAAUCUAAACCAGAAGACAAUAAUAUGUGUUUAAUAAUUUCGAUACAAUAGAAUCAAGCAGGUGGCACAAAUUUGCGAUUAAAUCUUCUAUAUCAUACGCAACAAGCAAUGCAUCACGGCGUGCUAGCGGCGUUCGAUUUCGAUCACACCAUCUGCGACGACAACACCGAUGUGGUGGCGCGAAGAUUGCUACCAGACGAGAGGAUACCCCAGGAUGUGAAGGGCCUUUAUAAGUCCAGCGGCUGGAUCGCGUACAUGAGCAGGAUCUUAGAGCUCCUGCACGAGAAUGCGAUCGAUGCCCGGCAAAUCGAGAACGCCAUCGUCGGCAUACCCGCGGUCGCGGCUAUGGAAUCGCUUCUCGUCGCUUUGCACGCCAACGGCCACGAGAUCAUCAUCAUCAGCGACUCCAACAGCAUAUUCAUCGACCGUUGGCUGAGGAGCAAGAAGCUCGAGCACGUCGUAUCGCGGAUCUUCACGAAUCCGGCCCGAUACGACGACGAUGGCAGGAUGAGGGUGGACAUGUAUCACACGCAGCACACAUGUCAGCUGAGCACCGUCAAUCUCUGCAAAGGACAGAUACUGAUGGACUACAUCGACGAGAGACGCGAGCAGGGCAAGCGCUACGAGAGAAUCAUCUACGUCGGCGAUGGCAAGAACGAUCUCUGCCCGAUCCUGCGUCUCUCGCAGAACGACCUGGCGUGUCCGCGCAAGUGUUACGCGCUCAUCGAGACGUUGAACAAAUUGCCCCGUGACGCAUCGACGAAGGCGAAAGUCAUACCGUGGGAUGACGGUAGGGAUUUGCGACGUAGCUUGGAAAAGAUCGUAGAGCUUCGCGCGAGCCGGAUUGCAUGUUAGAUUCAUCGCUAAUCGACUAAAAUCGAGAGCUAGAUAUUCACAGGUGACUAACAAAUUAUAUAUACUCGCUUUUUCCUAUUUUAUAUUUUAUACCGUUUUGUUCGCGGAGAAUUCACCCGAAUAAGACUCGCUUUUCGAUGAAGAUAUUAAAUAACGAAUCCUUUUUCCUCUUCAACGCUAUUUAUUCCAUGUUACAUUACAAGGCUGAAUACAUUACAGGAAUAUCUGUCUAUUUAAUUAUAAGAUAUCUUUUGUUACAUAAAUAAUAAAAAAUCGAUUAUACAUCGUUUUAUCCGAUCAAAAGCAUAAUAUCGCUAGAAGUUGUCUCGGAAAUCACUUGUAUAUAUAAGUGUGUCGAAUUUUUUAAAGUAAAACGAGUCUGUUUCUUGAUUGAUAAAUUUAGUAAAAACUCUAAGGAAACGUUAUCGAUUCUAUAAAUCUUUUUAUUUAUCGUAAAUGGAACGGUGUACGCCUUACAAAUUUAAAUCAAAAGUGCAAGCAUCGCGCGACACGCAGGGACAAAUGUCGGUGUGCAAUUACGUAAGUUGCGCGCGCAUCGCUGGGAUUAGGCUAGGUCGUCGAGUCUGUGACGUGCGCACAGUGUUCGCGUCUUUGACGUUAAUUCAUCGUGUUACAUCGUUAUUAUCAUCGCGAGCGUCGACGUAGAUAAAGAAAAUAUCACACGGGCUCGUUCCUCGGAAGUUGCGAGAAUCAGCGGAGUUUUGUCAAGCACGCGUUUUCGAAAUAGCGGAUAUCUCGGACCACUCUCUCCCCAACGAUCGUCGACUAUUGUCUAUACAGCGAAUGUGGAACUUUUACUCACGAUAAGCGAUAAGCGAUAAGUGCACAGUAAGCGAACACUCUACUUACGAAUUAAUAUUCGUUUUGUAUAACGGAACACACAUUUCCGUAACAAUAUCGAUAGCUAUUUACCGUACUGAACGCGAAAUACUCGUAUUGAUGUCGCGUCUUUUUUUUCUUUUUUUUUUUUUCUUUUUUCUUAGACCUAAUUGCAAAAUGCGUUUAUCUAAUUGCUAAUGUAGAAUCUUGUGUGAUAAGAGCACGGAGUUUUCUCUCGCCCGCAUUGCUGUCAAAAGAUAUGUAUUGAAAGCAUCGCGUUUAUGGAUGUUUAUGAAUAUAUAAUUCACUACU